AUGGCGAGCCCGGGCCAGCAGCCGCAGCGAGGUGGGAAGCGCAAGGGCAAGGCGCAGUACGUGCAGGCCAAGCGCGCGCGGCGCGGCGACGGCGCGGGGCCCCGGCAGCUGGAGCCCGGCCUGCAGGGCAUUCUCAUUACCUGCAACAUGAACGAGCGCAAGUGCGUGGAGGAGGCCUACAGCCUGCUCAGCGAGUACGGCGACGACCUGUACGGGCCGGAAAAGUUUACAGACAAGGAUCAGCAGCUCUCUGGAGGCGAGGGAGAUGACGAUGUGGAGGUUGCCUUGAAGAAAGAAGUUGGUGACAUUAAGGCAUCUACGGAGAUGAAGCUAAGAAGAUUCCAGUCAGUGGAGAGUGGAGCAAAUAAUGUAGUCUUCAUCAGGACACUGGGGAUAGAACCUGAGAAAUUGGUACAUCACAUUCUCCAGGACAUGUUCAAAACCAAGAAGAAGAAGACUCGGGUUAUUCUGCGAAUGCUACCCAUCUCAGGAACAUGCAAGGCUUUCUUAGAAGAUAUGAAAAAAUAUGCAGAAACUUUUUUGGAACCCUGGUUUAAAGCUCCAAAUAAAGGGACAUUUCAGAUUGUAUAUAAAGCUAGAAAUAACAGUCACGUGAAUAGAGAAGAAGUUAUCAAAGAAUUGGCAGGAAUAGUAGGAAGCCUCAACUCAGAAAACAAAGUGGAUCUUACCAAUCCGCAGUACACGGUAGUAGUAGAAAUCAUUAAAGCUGUCUGUUGCCUGAGUGUUGUGAAAGAUUACGUGUUGUUCAGAAAGUAUAAUCUCCAGGAGGUGGUAAAGAGUGCUAAGGACUCGCCACAGCUUAACUCCAACCAGGCAGCGCAAGCAGGAAACGGGGAAGAAGCUAAAGUGGAAGCUGGUGACAGAUCAAAUCAAAAUGACCAAGCAGAAGGAGAAAAUAACCAGCCAGAGAAUACUGAGGAGCUGGGGCAGACAAAACCUGUAUCUGAGACACAGGUGGUGAAUGAGGGAGGAGUUAAACCUGAACUUGCAAGUCAAGUCACAGAAGGAUCUGAGUCAAAUGAAAAUGACCUCUCAUAGGAAAAAAAAAAUCAUUUGGUGUUGGAGUGCAAGACUCGGACUCGGAAUAAAACUGGCCGUAUGCAUAGAGAACGCACAACUCCACGGAGCUGGGUUCCUUUUACUUUGUGAAAGCUGCUACUCUACAGAAAGGCUUUGGUUUAGUGGUUUGUUUUAAUCCCUUUUGUGUUUAUUUGCGUUCAGUAAGACCUGUGUGACAGGAGCUGUUCUUCUCAACUAUAAAGUGCUGUAUUCUGUUGGAAUCGGAAUUCAUUCAGUGAAAGACUUGUGUUCAAGUUUACCUGCUUUUUUUUCUCACCGACAUUUGAGCAUGUUAUUUUAUAAAGGACGAGAUUCCAGGUUAGAAUUGAAUGCUUCUUUUUUUUCUUUGAAAAAAAUUAUGUCAGUGUAAAAAAGUCCACCUCAGCUUUGUGGUUCGGUAAACUUGUCAUGAUUUCUGAAUGUUAUUUUUACUUGUAUCGCUUUUGGUUUUACUUGUAUUGCUUUGGGUACAAGCCAAGUAUUGAGCUUGUUUUUUUAUAGUUCCUGAUAUUUUUAGAAAAAAUCAAAAUAAAUUUGUUCCAUAAAGA